AUGGGCUUCAGUCUCCAUGCCAACAACAGCAAUGAUCCUCCUGAGGUGCGAAAUUGGCGGAUCCACCUUAUCACGACGAUCGUGAGCAUGGGCGCGAUUGCCAUGGGCUACGAUACCAGCGUCAUCGGCGGGACUAUGGCCCUGGACUCCUUCCGCCGUCACUUUGGCCUCAUCCAUGCGUCCGACAUUGAGACGGAUACGUUGGAGGGAAACAUCGUAUCCACCUUUCAGGCGGGCUGUUUCUUCGGCUCGCUGCUUACCUUUCCGCUCGGGGAGCGGUUUGGGCGGCGGAAUGCGAUUGUCAUGGCCGUCUGUGUCUUUUGCAUUGGCGGCAGUCUGAUGACCGCCGCGUCUGGGCAUCUGGGGCUGAUCUAUGCUGGCCGUGCCAUCGCAGGGUUUGGCAUUGGCUCGGUGUCUCUCCAGGUCCCAGUAUACAUUGCCGAGAUGUCACCCGCAUCUAUCCGCGGCCGGCUCGUUGGGAUCUUCGAGAUUUGCUCCCAGGGGGGCGGCAUGCUCGGUUUCUGGAUCAACUAUGCCAUCAAUCGCACCAUCUCCUCGUCACGCAUGGCGCAGUGGCAGAUUCCCCUUGGCCUCCAGCUGCUCCCUGGCGGCCUGCUGUUAGCAGGCAUCUUCUGGUGCCCCGAAACGCCGCGAUGGUACGCAAAGAAAGACCGCUGGGGCGAUGCCGAAAAGAGUCUUGUCUGGGCGCGGAGAUUACCUGCCAACCACCCGUUCAUCCAGGGCGAACUGCAACAGAUCCGUGAGCAGUUUCUGUACGACGUUGUUCCUGAGGGGAGAAAAUACGACCCGUGGAGAUGGCUCAUUGAAGAGUACAGCUACUCCCCCCGCAUUUUCGAGACCCUGGGCAUCAACAGCACCGACACAAAACUGUUUGCAACCGGAUUCUACGGUGUCGCCAAAACUCUGGGCAUGGUGAUCUUCAGCGUAUGGCUUGUAGAGAGAGUCGGCCGCCGUAGUGGUCUCAUAUACGGGGCGUUCAUUGGCAGUUUGCCUAUGUGGUAUAUCGGCGGGUACGUCUUCGAGCGAGACCCUGCCGGCACCUCAGCGCGCGGCGACACCGUGCAAGAUGCGUGGGGAUACAUCGCCAUGGUCUGUGUCUACCUGUACGGGCUGAUAUACUGCGCGACAUGGCAGGGAAUUACAUGGGUGAUCUGCUCGGAAAUCUUCCCCAUCGAUAUCCGGAUGCUCUGCGUGGCCAUCACAACGGCAGACCAAUGGCUCUGGUCGUUUAUAAUCUCCCGCACGACGCCGUAUAUGAUCACGAGUCUGGGUUACGGCACCUAUUUCUUCUUUGCGUCGCUCAUGAUUGCCAUGGGGGUCUGGGCUUGGUUCUUUGUCCCGGAGACCAAGGGGAAGACGCUCGAGGAGAUGGAUAGGUUGUUCGGGGCGCCGAGUAGCGUCAAUGGAAUGACCGAAAAGGAUGACAGCGAGAAAAUUGGUAGUGGGAAGGCAGGAGAGGUUGUCCAUGCGGAGAGUGUAUAA